CGAAAGCAAAGGGCCCAGAUGGGCCAUAGGCCCAAUAAUAUCAUCUAUGGAGAAAAAGGGGGUUUCGUUGUCUCUAGGUUUUUUCAGUCUGACUGAUUUCAGUCAUUUCGAAUUUUCCCACACUUUCUCGACGAAGAUCAAGGGGGAAGAUGGAGAAUCUCCCACCGAACAGAGGAAUGUGGAACCAAGAGUACAGUCAUGGUCGGAUUUCUCAAAGCUUCAGGUCGGCCAAGCCGCUCCUUGACCGGAAAAGACCAAUUGAAAAUGCACCUAAUUCCUCCAAUCCUUUACCUCAGAGAAUGAAGGAAUCAAUGGAUACUGAAUCCGUUUCUCACAAUAUAAACUUCAACAGCACUCCUCUUAUGGAGUUAUCUGCUAAUACACCAUACAAACGCCUCAAACCAGAGAUUGAGUCAUAUGCUGAUGGUCAUCCUUGUGGCUUGAGAACCCCUCCUCCUAGGUUUGAUCUGGAUAAGGAGAUCAUUAAUGGAUUUCAGACCGAUAUUUAUGCGGACGUUGGAUCUUUAUCAGAAGCUUUUGUUACUCCCCUGAAAGAACCAGAAAGAGUUACACUAAGCAAUGGUUGCUCUACUUCUUCAAUUCUUGAUGAUGACUUUGAUGAUUCCAUUUUAGAAGAGAUUGACUUAAUAUGUGAACAGUCAGCGAGAAAAGCAGCUUGUCAAACUCCAACUACCAGCAUAUAUCAGACUCCGUCUAAAGAUAAUAAGAGUAGUGAUCCCAAGGCCAGCUUAGAUUUUAGGGAUGUUGAAAAGUUUGAACCAGACUCUAAUGUUAAAUUGAAGCUUGAUGAAGAGACUCCUACCAUUGCUGCUGAUCCUGCACUUCUCAAUUCCAUGCCUGAUGAGUGUUCCAAAUAUAUGUUGUCUUUAAACGAUAGACAGCGUGAUGCAGCUUGUAGUAAUAUUUCAACUCCUUUGAUGGUUAUUGCUGGUCCAGGAAGUGGAAAGACUUCCACCAUGGUUGGCCGCGUCUUAGUGCUGCUAAAUGAGGGUCUGCUUCCAUCGAAUAUCCUUGCUAUGACUUUCACUAAAGCAGCAACUUCUGAGAUGAGAGAACGCAUAGGAAAAUCUGCUGGAAAGAAAGCAGCGAAAGACAUAACAAUCAGUACAUUCCAUUCAUUUUCCUUGCAACUUUGUCGGAUGCAUGCAGACAAGUUACAACGUACAUCUGAGUUCUCAGUGUAUGGGCAUGGGCAACAAAGAAGAGCGAUAAUAGAAGCAGUGCGUUUAUAUGAGGAGGAAAAGAAGAAUGGAAGCAAAACUUCUGUUCCAUGCGAGUCUGGAGAAGGUCUAAAUGGUGCAGGAGCAGGAGCAGUAUGUCCUGAAUAUGCCAAGGAUCUAUCAAAAAAAUGGCAGAAAUUUGUGACCCAGGGAAAAGCUUCCGGUAAGAGUCCAGAGCAGUGUCGUAAGAUGGGCAAUGAGAUAGGAGCUAAAAUUCUUGGAAACUACAACGAUAUCCUAAAAGCUUGCGAUGCUCUGGACUAUCAUGAUUUGAUCAGUUGUUCGGUCACACUCCUCUCUGACUUUCCUGAAGUAUUCAAGGAAUGCCAAGAUACCUGGAAAGCCAUCAUAGUUGAUGAAUUUCAAGACACUAGCACAAUGCAGUACAAGCUUUUACGAAUGCUAGGCUCUCAUAAUCACAUAACUAUUGUUGGUGAUGAUGAUCAGUCCAUCUUCGGUUUUAACGGGGCAGACAGUUCAGGAUUUGAUUCAUUUCGCCGAGAUUUCCCAAACUACAAAGAGGUCAGGCUUAUAAAAAACUAUCGCUCCUCCCGCCAUAUUGUGGAAGCCGCCUCUUCUAUCAUAAAAAACAAUACGAAGCGGUGCCAAUCAAAAAGCAUUUCGUCUGAAAACUCCCAAGGAUCGAAGAUUACAGUCAAGGAAUGCCAUAAUGAGGAAGCACAGUGUGCAUAUGUCAUUGACAAAAUAAUUGAAAUCACUAAUGAUGGCUCAACACCUUGUUGUUCCCAUGGAGAUAUUGCUAUUCUUUAUAGGAGGCAGGUGUCAGGUAAAGUGUUUCAAAAUGCAUUCCGCCAGAGAAAAAUACCAUUUAACGUUCAUGGUGUUGCUUUCUACAGGAAAAAGGUUGUCCAAGUCAUUUUGGCCAUGCUGAAGACAACAUUUUCCGAAUGUGAUGAUGCUUCUUAUAGGCGAGUGUUUAAGGCAUUACUUCCUUUUGAGAAAGAGGAAAAGAAAAGGAUUAUAGAACAUAUUGAAAAAAUCUCCACUAGUAGGAAAUGCAGCUUCAUUUCAGCGGCAAGUGAUAUCUUCAAUGCCAAGAUUUCUGGUACCUUCAAGAGGAGCCAGCUUACCCAGGGACGCAAAGUUUUGCAAACUCUUGACAUGGUAGCAAAGCUGGUUGAUAGGGAACAAUCACUUUCAGCUGUAGUAACAUGUGUGGCAAAUAUGAUACCGCAGAAAUACCUUCUUGAGCAACGAGCAGUUGUGGAUAAUGAUGGAGGAAAACUGCUUAAUGAAGACAACGAUCUUAGAUCUGUACUCCAGUACUUAAUGGAUGAUGUAGCUGAGUUUAUUUCCACUCAUUGCACUACAACAGAAGAAGAGGAUGCAAUCAAAGAAAAAAAAGGCUGCAAUCAACUUCAUUCAUUUAUCAACUAUAUCUCCGAGCGGGAAACUGAAAAUUUUCGUUCAAGAAGACGUGACAAUGAAAAUUCUGUCACAUUGACCACCAUUCAUCAGUCGAAAGGUUUGGAAUGGGACAUAGUUUUCAUAGUCAAGGCUAAUGAAAAUGAAAUUCCCCUAUUACAUGAGUCUAACGGCAAUGCAUCAGAGAGUGGAACCUCACUUGAGGAGGAACGUCGCCUUCUGUAUGUUGCUAUGACUCGUGCUCGCAAGAAACUAUUUUUUUUGUACGUGACAGUGGAUUCGAACUGGCAGGUGCUCCAACCCUCACGAUUUCUUAAAGAGAUUCCAGGCCAUCUUCUACAGGGAGACAUGAGCGUAAAUGACUGCAGAAAAGUUCAUGAAAAUCUUCCUAACAAAACUGAGCAGAGUGUCUCCAGUUUUGGAACAGAUAUAAAACAUGAAGAAAGUAAACUAACGGACAAUGAUGUGAUGAACAUUCCAGAGGAUUAUGCCUCCGAGGAGUCAAUAGCCGCAUAUGCACUCAAUGGAAACAACUUUCUUAAGAGGUUUGAUGUGGAGGUUAGAUCAGUUGUCUCUCACUUAUUUCACAACUGGGCUAAGAAACAAGCAUUCCAGGAACCAAAGAGGCUGAUUGACAAGGUACGGUUUGUGAUUGGUGAACGUUUGGCCAUCAAGAAGAACAAACACAAGGAUGUCUUACGAGCUCUCAAAUCAUCAUUGACUUCUGAGGAAGCGUUCCAAUAUGCAGAACAUGUACUUAGGUGGGAACAACUUCCUGCAGACACACGGGCUCAUAUAGUGCGUGAGAAACAGGAACAUUUCCAAAAACUGAGAAUUGAAAACUCAAUGGGCACUUCGGAAGCAACGAGUAAACAGAUCGCAUUUCUGCAUAGUCUAGGAUGCACAGUGGUCCCAACAUCACGUCUCCAUGCGUCCCGCUUGAUUGAACAGUACAAAUCACUCUGAGAUUGUAUGUGUUUAUAUAUGUAGUCUCAUACGUUCAUAUGUAUUAAACAAAGGAGCCUGGAAAUGAUCUCGAUUUCCUAAUCUUAAAUAUAAAAGAACAAACAAUGGUAAUUGUAAUAGUGUAUUUUGUGAAAGAAAUGAUGGAAACUGUUUUGGUGUUGACGUGAAAUACACUCAAAUGGCCAUUCAUGU